AUGGCUCGUACAAUGCUUAGGAAAAAGAGGAAGCAUAGUGAGCCAGAAGCUGCUGGUACUUCGAAUCAAAAUGAGCCAGAAGCUGCUGGUACAUCGAAUCAAAAUGAGCCAGAAGUUCCAUUGGAAGAGAAGGCGUUGGAAGAAGAACCUGAAGUGGGAAAAGAAAAAGAUCAUACUCAGCCAGAUCAAGCACCAGCUAAACUCGUUGAAGAAGAGCAUGUAGUUAGUGAUGAGCAAGAAGGAAUCAAUGAUGAGGCUGGCGCUAAUUUGGGAAAUGAGAAUCAGUCUGAUCAGCUCAAUUCUGACACAACAAAUGGUCCAAUGUCAGUUGCUAUUUGA